UCGCCACAACCCCUUCUCCUCUCCCUCCGCUCCCGGCGGGGCGCGGGGCAGCCCUCAGCUGGGCAGCGGCUCCGAGGUGAGCGGGGCGGACAGGCCGGCCCCACAUCACCCGGACAGCCGCGGACAGGAGCUGGGCGGCGGCUGUGGCGAAAGUGCGGAGCUGAGCGCGCAGGCGCGGUGCUCGCCGCCGGCUCGGCCCAGGGAGGAACAAAGGGAGCGCGGCGGCGGCGGAGCGAAACACAAAUAUAAUGUCAGGUGGCUGAAAAUUUGCCUAUCAAAAUGUCAAAAAGGCCAUCUUAUGCUCCACCUCCUACCCCAGCUCCUGCAACCCAAAUGCCCAGCACACCAGGGUUUGUGGGAUACAAUCCAUACAGCCAUCUGGCCUACAACAACUACAGGCUGGGAGGGAACCCGGGCACCAACAGCCGGGUCACGGCUUCCUCUGGUAUUACCAUUCCAAAGCCCCCAAAGCCCCCAGACAAGCCCCUGAUGCCCUACAUGAGGUACAGCCGGAAGGUCUGGGACCAAGUGAAGGCGUCCAAUCCUGAUUUGAAGUUAUGGGAAAUUGGCAAGAUUAUUGGAGGAAUGUGGCGAGAUCUCACUGAUGAAGAGAAGCAAGAGUAUUUGAAUGAAUAUGAAGCUGAAAAGAUAGAGUACAAUGAGUCCAUGAAGGCCUACCACAACUCUCCUGCAUACCUUGCCUACAUCAAUGCAAAGAGUCGUGCCGAGGCUGCGUUAGAAGAAGAAAGCCGACAAAGGCAGUCACGCAUGGAGAAGGGUGAACCUUACAUGAGCAUACAGCCAGCAGAAGAUCCAGAUGAUUACGACGAUGGGUUUUCGAUGAAGCACACAGCUACAGCUCGUUUCCAAAGAAACCAUCGUCUCAUCAGUGAGAUCCUGAGUGAAAGCGUGGUUCCUGACGUCCGCUCUGUUGUCACUACAGCUAGAAUGCAAGUUCUUAAACGCCAGGUCCAGUCCUUAAUGGUUCACCAGCGUAAACUGGAAGCUGAGCUGCUGCAAAUUGAAGAGCGUCACCAGGAGAAGAAGAGGAAAUUCUUGGAAAGCACAGAAUCCUUUAACAAUGAGCUCAAAAGGCUAUGCAGUUUGAAGGUGGAAGUGGAUAUGGAAAAAAUUGCAGCUGAAAUCGCUCAAGCUGAGGAGCAGGCCCGCAAGAGGCAGGAGGAAAGGGAAAAGGAAGCGGCUGAGCAAGCUGAGCGCAGUCAGAAUAACGCAGCAGCCGAGGAAGAACAGGCAGCUAACAAAAUGGAGGAGAAGAAAGAAGAGGAGAGCGCUCCAAUGGAGACAGAAGAGCCUCACCCAGAAGAGAGCACAGAAAACCAGCAGAAUGGUGAAGAAGGAACAUCUACCCCCGAUGAUAAGGAGAGUGGCCAAGAGGGGGCGGACAGCACUGCAGAGGAAGGGACCAGUGACAGCAACACUGGUUCAGAGAGCAACAGUGCAACAGUUGAAGAGCCCCCUGCAGACCCCACCACUGAGGAGAGUGAGAAGAAAGAAUAAACAGUGACUUGUUUCAUGUG